AUUUAUCAUCAUGACGGGAACAUCCUUUUCUACAGCUGUAUCCCCUACUCCAGCAGCAUUGCAACGUUUCGUAUUGUUAGCCAGCUCUACUACAGGGCAAGGCACUGUUAGGUUGAUUCAAGAGGUACUAGCACACAAGUCAAUAUAUGUUUUUGGGGAGUUACUCGAUGUACCCUCGGUGAAGGAGUUAGCUAGUAGUGAUGAUACUACCUCUCGAGGGUGGUAUACUAUAUUAGAGCUAUUUGCCUAUGGUGGCACUGUCGAGGACUAUAUGAACAGGGAUAGUACGUCCUUACCAUCCCUUAGCCCACCUCAGUAUAGGAAACUACAGCUCUUAACUCUCCGAUCAUUGGCGGCUACAAGUGACAACGGUGAUGUGCCUUACUCGGUUGUCAUCGGCGCACUACGGCUAGAGCAUGACUAUGAAGUAGAGGAGGCUGCUAUAGAGGCUAUGGAUGCAGCUAUACUGGAGUGUACACUGGACCCAUUGCACAGUACAGUACAUGUGGGAUGGGUAGCUGGGCGGGAUAUCCCACCAGAGUCGAUGGACGCUGUGGCAGAGACACUAGAGCGCUUCCUUGAUCACUCCAAGGCUGUAUCCCGGAAUAUUGGCAACCCUAGUGAAACGGAUGAUGAAGUUAUCACUAAACUGGCCAAGUUAACCAAACGUUUGGAGGUUUUCAAAGGCACCAUGGACGACUACAAGAACUUCAUCGACGAGGCCAACACCAGCAUGAAAGGUAGCAAGGAUCCUAGUCCUUCCCCCCAACCACCACCAGCAGCAGGAGCAGGCAGUAUCACUACUAGUGGUGCAUCUCCCCGACGCUAACUAUCAUGCAGAUAUUGAGUUUCUAUCA